GUACUACCUCCUAGACACGCCAGAUCUCCCCCUCCUAAACAACUACACAGUUACAGCUACCGCUACGACUCUUUACCCCUCCAAGUAAAAUACAACAUGUCGCCCACAAUACCCAUCGGAUCUUCUUCCGAAUUUAGCAAGAUACUCAGCACUUCUUCUAUCGUGGUUACAGACUGUACUUACAAGCUCCUACAUUACAAAUCCUCCAUGAACCUCCAGCUAACUGAUUCACAUAGUUUACGCAGACUGGUGCGGACCCUGCAAAGCAAUUUCUCCGACCUUCGAGGGUCUCUCAUCCAAGUAUGCGAAGCCAAAUCGAAUCACAUUUACCAAAGUCAACGUCGAUAACCAACAAGCAAUCGCGCAACAAUAUGGCGUCCGAGCGUAUGUGUUACUGUGCCACCUCCCAACAUAGGUCCCCUCUGAUAGUAUGACAGCAUGCCAACUUUCCUGAUCUUCCGGUCCGGAUCCGUAAUUCAAACCAUUCAAGGCGCCGACCGCGCAGGUCUUACUACUGCGGUUGAGAAUGCUGUGAAGCUUGCUGGUCCGACGCAGCCAACCUUCUCCUCGGCAGGUCGCACACUCGGCGGAACACCAAGAGCCUCGCUCAACCGUCCUGUCAACUUCAAGAGCUAUCUUGACGCGGUGAUUAUGUUUUUUGGACUUUACUUUAUCAGCUUGUUCAGUUUGGAUGCGACUAGGGCUGCCGAGGAGAGCCCUUUUAAUGUUCAUAAUGAAGGGAAAGUCACGUUUGGGAACAGCAGUGGUGGGAAUGCGCCCGCAGCCAGACGAACCGGCGCUGCAACCCAAGCUGGGAAGAAGUUGGGUACAAUUGCUGACCUGGGGGGUGAUUAAGUAUUGAUUCGCAUUUUCUCAAAUUGGCGUUAGGCAUGGAAAGGUCUGUUUUUGUUGGUAGACCAACUAACUCUGGAAUGGGUGGAAAUUUAACACAUGAUUCGUUUCUACCUUUUAUCACUAUUCUGCACCUCUACCAUUACGUAUGAGAAGCCAGGUCAGGCACCUCAUGCGCUACCUUUUCGUUUUCUCUUCUAACAUUUUCUCACUUCGGUGGACCUCAAAUGUAUCUCUUCGAUGAUUUUCAAGUAACCUCUCCGUCCUGUUUUCAAUUUCAUUUCCAUGUAGAGCUUGCAGAGGUGGUCUUCGAAUUGGGGUUUUACAUCAUCAAAUAUCAGAAUCAAGUGAUACAUUUUGUAUUUGGCAUCAUCCCUGGUUCCUGCCAUUGGGGACCAGAUCUAG